AUGUAUCGAAUCCCCGAACAAAAAGCACGUUCGUCAUCAGAGUUUUUCAACAAAGCACUGGCGGGGACAUGGAAAGAAGGCACGCGGCGUACUGUCAGGCUUCCCGGCGUCGACCCAGGCACGUUCGGGGAGUAUUCCUCAUGGCUUUACCAUUCAACCUAUAACCCAAGUUCCGAGUGUAAAGGCCUUGUCAAGGCGUAUAUCCUGGCCGAUAGGCUCAUGGCUAACGAAUUCGGGAACCAGUUGAUCAAUGCGAUUGUGACUCGGCUGAAUGUUGGCAGCAGCGAAGACCGCUUUCCGCCUUCCAAAGAGGAGAUGGAGUUCGCGUGUCGGACGGUGCCUCCUCCGACGCCGCUUUACCGGCUGCUGGUGGAUUUUGAAGUCCACGUGGGGUCGUUCGCGCUGAAUUGGUUGAAGGACAUCGGUCUGGACAAGUGGUUCUCGGCUAUGGAUGGUGAAAAGCUGAGCCGUGAAGACCGGCGGACCCAGCGGUUCAUGCUGCAGGUGAUGUCUACGGCGAUAACUAGAUUUGCGUCUAGUCGACCUCCACCAUUCCUGAUGAGUGUCUCGGAUUAUCACCGAGCUGUGAGCGGUGAUGAGACCACCUGA